AUGGCCGACGUACAACAACAGGGUCCAGACGCAGCACUUGACGAAUUCAUCGACGAUGUGGCCGUCGCUGAUGAUGACAGUGCGCCUUCUGAGGCGGAUGUACCGCCACUCGCGUUCGAGCCUCCUGUCGAUGAGGAGUCCGAUGGUGGAGUGGAGGGAGGCCCGACGUUCUGGGAGUCUGACUCUGAAGAUUCAAGCAACGAGCGGGCAGUCUGGGGGCCAACACCUUUUAUUCAUGGCCGUGGACGUACACCAUAUGCUGAAGAAGACUACGACUUCGGCUGGAAAGCGUCUCUGCCAGCUCCUUGGUACAGGCGAGGUUUUCGCGGUGGUUCAGUAUCUUUCCCUGCCGGUGCUAGUGAUUGGGCGCCACCGGAUACUCCUACGCAGGUGGAGAACGUUGCAGAUAUACAAUCUGACAUUGCUGAGGACGGACGACUCGACGGCUCGGCUAACCGUCUUCCCGCAACCAGUCUGGAUAUCUUUACAUACGUGCUUUCCGAGAUAGUUCCCCGUCCCAGCGAGCUGCCUCUGCAGGCAUUCUUUCAACCAGGCGGUCGCGGAGCUGAGGCUGUGGCUACUCUGACGAGUAUCAUGAGCACAUGCAGUCUCUGGCAUGACACAACUGCGUCCAUGUCAGCUGUAGUCUGGGGCCCCCUUGUUUCGGCCGUGCAGGACGAAGACGGCUGGCACAUAGCGAUGGGCCGCGCUGGCGACGCGAAAGUGCGCCUGGUAUAUCGGUGGGGUGUUCCGCGUGAGCUCGUUGACGCGGAGAUCGAGCGCGCGAGUGCAAUCUACGCAGGGAGGGACUGCGAGUGGCGCCAUUUCGGGCGUAUCCUGAGCAACAAGAACUUAAGUGCUGUGGAGGUACUUUACCUACGGCCGAACGCCAGAAGGAUGCCGCAGACCGCUCUGCGCAUAUACGGCCCCCUCGACAUGCUGUCGCUCCGGAUCUACGUGUCGACAUCCCCCAUCAUUGUCAACGCACCUCUUCUUCAGUAUCUCGGACUGCUUUAUCAUACGCUCGAGCAGAUCACCUCCAUUCUUCUCAAUCUUAAGAAGGUUACCCUCUCGUGGCUGUUCAUCAAUAAGCCAAGGGAGGGAGGAUAA